AUGACACCUUAUUUAAAACUUAUAAGAAUAAGUAAACAUGGAUGGAGUGCUUUAAUAUACUUUAUCUAUUUCAUAACGAGAUAUGCAUAUGAUUUGCUACUGAAUCUACCAUUGUCACAUAGAAUUCUCUUGUCUGUACUCUACAUUGUCAUACUAAUGACUAUGAUAUUCAGAUACUUUUAUGGUUCACCUGUUAAAUAUCUACAGGAAUACUUUGUAUUCUAA